AUGACUCUGGCGAAGGCGAAGCGCAGCCUUAGUCUUAACUCCUCGCGAGUCGAGGGCGCUCUUAACUCCGUCGCGCUUAAUCCGCUCUUCGAAGUACUCGCCGGCGCGCCGCGGUCCCCCGAGUCGGCUGCGCGCCGCGACGUCGCGCCCGGCUCUGGCGGAAAGGCGGCGGCUUACGGCAAGCCUGCGGCGGAUCUGACGGCGUGGACUGCGGACGUGGCGGCGGCUGCUGCAGCUGCGGUGACGGCGGCGCCGGCGGCGCCGGCUCCAGCGGCGGCGGCUGUGGCUGUGUAUGCUGCGGCGAAGGCGGACGCGGAAGGGGAAGCGGAUGACGAGAGGGAAGAGAAGGCUGGGGAUUCAGAAGUGGGGAAAGCUCGGGGGAAGGAAGGCGCGGAGAAGGGAGGGGGAGGAAGCAUGGCGCAAGUGACUGCACAGCCGGGCAGUGGGGAAAACGAGUCGGCGAAGGAAGGAGAGGUCGUUUUUGAGAAUUCUCAAAAACCGGCAAAGGGGGAAGCGGAGGAAGAAGGGAGCACGGACAAAGAUACAGAGAAUGAGAAUGAGAAUCAGGCUGGGGGGGGAACACGGCUCGAAGGGGCAGGCGCUGACGUGGCGAAGGUUGCUGACGCUGACGCAGGUGAUGCGGUGAGGCACCGUUCGCGCCGCCACCACCAUGACCGCGACCCGCAGCAGCAGCACCAGCAGCGUCGCCACCAUGGUCGCCACGAAGCACGCAGCGUCGACAACGGCGGACGCAGUGGCAGCAGCACCCGCGGAAGCAGCUGGUCCCGCGCGGGCGGAGUCCUCCGCGCGCUUUGCGCGGUUGUGCUCUCCGCCGCCCUCUUCCUUUCCGCCCACCGCCCCCUCUCCGCCCUCUCUCCCACGUUGUCCUUCCUCGAACCUGCCGAGCAGGUCUGGAAGACGUACCUCUCUGCCGUGCCUGGAGCUUGGUUCGGCAAUGGUGAAGGGGAAGCAGGCUCCAGGCUCGGAAUCACGCUUGGGAACGGCUGGAAGGCAGUUGCGGGCCGAACCUCGGUGCUCUGGGAAGCGAGCGAGCCUCAGCCAAUGGGGGCGUUCCAAGGGAUGAGCUGGGCGGCAUCGGUUGGUGGGAAGCCAGGCGGGGAAAAGGAGGAGGCAGACUUGAAUACAAAUGACAUUUCAGCUAGCCAUGGUCAUCCUCAGAUCUGCGAUGGUGUUUCGCAGAUCCGCGAUUCAGACUUGGCUUCCGCAGAGGAGGAGGAGAAGGAGGAGGGAGGCUUCGACUCUCCGGAUUCCACGGGAACGAGCUCAGAUUUGGUUGUGCAGCAGCAGCAGGAGGAGGAGGAGGAGACGGUGGUGGUUGCGGUUACCACGGGAGAAGAGGCAGGAAUGGUUACGGAGAAGCAAGCUGUGCUGGUUACGCAGCAAGCAUGGGAUGAGAGGGUUGAGAAGCACGAGGGUGCUGCGGCUGCUGUGGUUGUUUCGACCGGUGUGGAUGGGAAGGAAGGCGGCGAGGAGAUUGCUUUGACUGCUGGUGGAAGUGGUGCAGUGACGGCUUGUGAUGCUGCUGACGUGGAAGAUGCUGACGUGGAAGACGCUGACGUCGAAGAUGCUGACGCUUCUCCUGAGGGACGUGUGGCUGAUAUCGCAGAGCCAGCAGCGGGUGACUGUUCUUCUGCUUCAGCAGCCGUCUGCCCUGCCGACGCCGCUGCCACUGCCACUGCCACAGCUGCUGCCACUGCCACUGCCACAGCUGCUGCCACUGCUGUGCAAGAGGCUGUAGCGCCUGCGGAACCCAGCGCUACAGCCGACCUUGCAGCAGGUACAGCUGCCGCUGCUACUGAUGUGGGGGAGGGAAGGGUGCUUCCAGGGGCAGAGGAGGCGGUGUGGGAGGUGGAGCAGGCGGAGCAGAACCUUGAAGCUGAGGCUACAGCCACCGCUGAUACAUUAGUCGCUGCUACAGCCGCCACUACUACGGCUGGUGAGACAGAGGGUACGUCCCUACCGGAAGCGGAGGAGAUGGCAUGGGCGCUAGAGGAGGCGGAGCAGCAAAGCUUGGCAGAUCAGCAGCAGCAGAUGCUGGUUGCGGCUGCUGUGGUGGUGGCUGUCGCUGCUGCUGCCGCUGUAACCGCCACUGCUCUCCUCCGUUCCUCCAGAGCUUCAGCAGCAGCAACAGCAGCAGCAGCAGCAGCUCCUCACCCUGCUGCCUCUCACGGCCUCUCCGCUCGUGCUGGGUCCCAGGCUAUGUCUCUUGGUUCACACGGGGGAGGAGGAGGAGGAAGGCAGCAGCAGCAGCAGAGAGAGCAAGUGCUGCAGGCGCAGCAGCAGCAGUGGGAUCAGAUGAAAAUGGGGUGGCAGGCCGGGGGAACGGGCGGAAGCGUGGGCGGAAGCAUGGGGGGAGGCAUGGGCGGAGGCAUGGGGGGCGCGGGGGGGCAUAGCCCCGUGGGGAUGGCGCAGAUGGUGGCGGUGGGGGACGUGCUGGUGGCAGUGGGGGGCGAUGGGGAGGGGGAGGGGGGUGCGCAGGGAGGCACGGGGUCGCCAGGAGGGUACGGGCGGUACAACGCGUUCAAGCCUGUGGUGGUGCGCGAGGUGAGUCCGGUCGUGGUGUGUGAGGGAUCAGAGCAGCAGGUGGUGCUCACGCCAGUGAAGCGCUGCAGCCGCCUGCGCAUGGCCGGAUCAGAGCAGCAGGUGGUGCUCACGCCAGUGAAGCGCUCCAGCCGCCUGCGCAUGGCCGGAUCAGAGCAGCAGGUGGUGCUGACCCCAGUGAAGCGCUCCAGCCGCCUGCGCAUGGCCGUCAGUGGCGCCACUCCUUCUGUCAGCGGCUUCUCUCAGCCCACCAGCAGCUACGCUGGGGGAGGGAUCAACCAUGGUGUGGUCAACCGGCCUUGA